UGGCGGCGUGGUCCUGCGGAGGAGGACCCCAGAUGGAGUGUCCACUUCAGCCUUCAGGCAGAUAUUUAGUGUCCUCUUUGCAUGUAGAAGUCGCCAAAGGUAACAACCGGAGGAACUCAUAGAGAAAUCUCAAGAUCUACACACCAACUGUGACCAGUUUGGCGAACUAAAACUAUAAGAGCAUCAAGGAGAGAAUGGCUCGAGUAACACGGCUUGGUGUUGACCAGAGCGCCGAUGCUGCUCAUGUGGUAUUUAAUGAAGACUCGGAGGAGGACCAUGUCAUUGUACAGACGCUUUGCGGUGACAUGGAAAGGUCGGGCAUCCCCACUACAUACUAUCAGAGGGACGGGAGAGAUGGGGGACUUGAGAUGAGGGACAGAGGCAGCAUGAUGGAGAAGGCCGUCUGGUUGAUCAUCAUCUACCUCCAGACGCCGGUUGAGGAUCACGAUGCUAUGUUUGCCUUUGAGGAGAAUAUGGCUCUCUUUCUGGCAAUAACACACGAUGUACAAAAUGUCAUAUUUUUGCUGGGAGGAGAUGUUGAACCGGUCGUUUCAAAAGGGUUUCCAUAUUUGCGAAUGAAGAAGGACAAGUCUUGGCUUGGGCGUUUAACAGGUUCAGUGAAGACUACACCUUCGAAGAUAACCUGUAACCUGUUAUAUAGAUACUGUUACCAACUGGUGCAACCACAUGAAUCAGUUUUCAUGGUAACACGAGAAUCUCUAUCUCUGUGGGCAAGUCUAUUUUCUCCCACAAAUCUCAGCCUGGCUUGGACACUACAGUGUUCAAGUGGAUCUCAAGCCUAUGUUGUGACAUUUCAAAAUGGCUCUUUGGUAAUAAAACGAUCAGAGAUUGAGGACAAUGGCGAAUCCACGGGUCUUGUCACAAAUACGUCACUUUCUGAAAACGCAAUGAACCUCAUCUGUGAUGUUGCUGACGCAGAUUCUGGGGACAACGGGCCUGCUGUCUCACAUCCUCAAGGGACUCUCAUACACAACAUAAACUGGACUGAUGUGAGCACCAUUAAACCAUCAUUGAAACAAAAUGAAAGCUAUUGUACAACUGUGGUGAUAAGAAUUAUGCAAAUCAUGCAGUUUAUAUUCCUUCUAGGGAUAGCUGUCAUGCUUACACAAAGUAUUUCCCCCGUCAUUGUUGGCGUGGACAAGUCAACAUUUCUACCUUACACAGCAGAAGUACAAAUGGCUCUUGUGAUAAUAUCUUUCCUUCUUUCUGCUGUCAAUGUGUUCCGCAGUAUAAUAUUCGUGUCGACUGAACUACCAUGGAUGACUGGCUACCAGCUGUUGGUGACUCUUGUGUCUGUUAUCAUGCAAGGACUGUUCACUGCAGACCUUCUACCCUUCCCUGUGGACAUGACACCUCGGAUAGGAGGCAUUGCCGCUUUCGGUAUCUUCAACAUGGCGUUUGUAAGUGAUUUUCUCGCGAGCAAUCGCCUGAAGAAUAAAUGCAAAUUGAUUGCCAGAGUUCUUACAUUAGGUUGUAUGAUCUUACUUUUGGUGGUUUACUGCACGAUGUGUCAGCUCCGAUACCAGGAACAGGGAGUAACACAUAAAGCCACUUCGCUGAUCACAGCCAUUCAUUUUGUCAGCCAGUGUGGACUUUUUAAAUGUAUCAUGAAAUACCUUCGGUAUAUAAUUAGAUUAUUCUACCAAAGAAAAAUUGGAAAAUACGUUGAACUAUUAUUUUUUGUGAUAUACGCACUGAUUUGGUUUAUCCCAAUUCUUUAUUUUUAUUAGCCAAGGGGGCUUCAGUCAUGUCAACUUUCAUCGGCUUUCAUCAUGAUUACUCAUGAAACUGGUACAACAUGAUCAGAUUAUAAAACAAUUUAUCUUUACAUCGAAAUCAUUCACUCUGGAAUAGGCAUUCAUUGCAAUACUAACACGGGGAUUCCUGGAAUCAUUAUACUGUUUGGGCAGUUUGCUUGUUUGUUUCUGUGCUGUUUAACGCCGCACUCAGCAAUAUUCCAGCUAUAUGGUGGCGGUCUGUAAAUAAUGGAGUCUGGACCAGACAAAUCAGUGAUCAACAUCAUGGGCACCAAAUCUACGCAACUGGGAUUCGACAUGUGUCAGACAAGCCUCACCACCCGAUGCAUGUCAAAGAAACCGUGACAUAUUUUGUAACUGAUGGCAUGUAAUCCCCCUUUCUUCCUUUACUUGGGAGUCGUUUCCAUUUGCACAUCCUUUCAUUCUCAAUUAUUUGGUUUGAUCUAAGUUUCAUAUUGCUUGGUGUUACUUUGCGUUGGUUGACUAGUGACAUUCGUGCCAAUGUUUGAACACAAAUUGUCAUGUCGUUCAUGCGUAUCUGUUUGAAUCGUAUGUAUUGUUUGCCAUUAAACUACUGAUGAUAGCCAAU